UUUGUGAGAGUGCGAGUGAAGGAAGGGAGGGAGAAAGCUGGAGGCAAUCCCGCCCACUCUUGCCCUCGACUUAUAAAGGACCUCAAGAAUGGAAAAGACCUGCUGAGAAAUACAAGCCAACAACUGAGAUAAAAGAGGGAAACCCAGAACGAGAGAGAGAGAGAGAGAGAGAGAGAGAGAGAGAGGGAGAGAGAGGAGAGAGAACAAAUAGAGGAAACAAGAAAGGACUUUACAAAGGCUGCACAAAUGGAUGAACAGCAAGAAACGAAAGUCAAGAAUCCGUGGCACAGGCCACACAUCUUCCUUGUCGCUUUUGGUAUCUCAGUGGGAAUCAUCAUAAUGGUGGCCAUUGCAGUUGUACAGAACAAACCUCUACAUCAGAAAUACAAGUAUGGGAUAGUCCUCGAUGCCGGGUCUUCACACACAUCUGUUUAUAUCUACGAGUGGCCAGCUGAGAAAGAGAACAACACUGGCAUGGUCAGGCAAAAACAUGCGUGCAGUGUAAAAGGCAAAGGGAUAUCCAGUUACUCAGGGACCCCAGAGAAGGCUGGUGAGUCACUAAAGGAGUGUAUGGAUGAGGCCAAGAAGAUCAUACCUAUACACAGACACCAAGAAACUCCUGUAUACCUGGGAGCCACAGCAGGCAUGAGACUACUCAAGAUGGACAAUGAUAUUGCCUCCGAUAAGGUGUUGGAGUCUGUGGAGACGUCUCUUCAGACUUAUCCGUUUAACUAUCAGGGAGCUCGUAUUAUCACUGGUCAAGAGGAGGGAGCUUUUGGUUGGAUCACUGUCAACUACCUGAGUGAAAACUUCAUAAAGGCUUCAGGGACAAUGGGAGCUCUUGACCUCGGCGGAGCAUCUACUCAAAUCACCUUCGUGUCUGGACAGGAAGUGGAGUCUCUAGACAACUCUAUUGAUUUCCGCCUCUAUGGAAACGAUUAUCAUCUUUACACCCACAGUUUCCUUUGUUAUGGAAAGGACCAAGUGCUAAGGCUUUCUUUGGAACAGCAAAUACAACCAAAACUUAUCAUGACAGAUAACAUAAUUCUGGAGGACCCUUGUUUCCAUCCAGGCUACGAAAUAAAUAAGAACUUUCAGAGUGUUUUUGACAGUCCCUGUGUCAAAAAGGUUACCCAAUACAAGACAGAACAGAUUUUCAUACAUAAAGGCAUUGGCGAUUGGAAUAAAUGCCAAGAAGCAAUCAAGAAGGUCUUCGAUACUUCUAACUGUCGUUAUUCAAGAUGUUCCUUUAAUGACGUCUUCCAGCCGCCUGUGAAAGGAACAUUUGGGGCAUUUUCUGCUUACUUCUUUGUCAUGAACUUUUUAAACGUGACCAAUAAUCAUAGCUUAGAUGAGGCAAAAGAAAUUCUGGGAUCUUACUGCUCCACUCACUGGAACAUUUUAAAGCAGAAACAUCCUGGAGUGAAGGAGAAGUAUCUUUCAGAAUAUUGCUUCUCGGGUACCUAUAUCAUAACCUUGCUUGAAGAUGGAUAUAAAUUCAAGGCUGAAGACUGGAAAAACACUAACUUCAUCAGGACGAUUAAGGGCAGUGAAGCUGGCUGGACACUGGGUUACAUGCUGAACCUGACAAACAUGAUUCCUGCUGAAGCGCCAGACACUCCACUUCUGCCAUUUGGGGGCUAUGUCUCACUCAUGCUUGUCCUGUCUCUCCUGAUUUUUGUCUGUUUAAUACUUGGUUGUAUAUUCUUCCACCGACCAUCUGGCCCAGCCCAUAAAGAAAUCAUUUAGCCUUUGACAAGGACUGACAUUCUACUCUCUGCCCUUAUGGAACAAAUAUUUCUGAAAAAUUAAUCCUAUGGGACUGAUAACCAUCUUUUUAUGCUCUUGUCAAGAGUUUUAAGCUGUGUGAUUUAAUAACAGGUCAGUGUAAGACAAUAGAGACUCUAUACCUCAAGGUGACUAAGGCUGAAAUCAAGUAUUUGAAAUCUUCUUGAAUUGGAGAACAUGAUGUUUAUUUACAUUUCUGAUUUCUAGAUUUUAAAGGCUGAUUUUAAAAAAAACUCUCAGGAGUAAAGAUUAUAACUGAAAUUACAGAAGGCGGUAGGCUUCAUCUAAAAGAAAAUGCACUGAUAUGUAUACUGUGUGCCUUCAAACCUUAUGAAGAACCCAUAUUAAUCCUUGCACAUACAAAAAUAUUUUAUGCAAAAUGCAAUAUAACUGCCUGACAGGAAAAGGCAGGUGUUAGCAAUGUAGCCCUAUAGCUAUGUUACAGCCAUAUUUACAUUUAAUGUACUUAAAUGUGAGUAGUUACAGUAUUAAUUCAUUAUAAUGUUUCUGCACGCACACUGUUUCUGUUACUGAAAAACAAGGUACACUGUUAGACCUGUUUCAUUUUUCUGUCUUUUUAUCCAAAUAUAUAGUGUUUAUAAUGUAUGAUAAAUAUAACAAUGAUAGAAGUUCAAAAUGGCAGACUGUUUGGUUAAAUGGGGGCACAUUCUUUUAUAAGCACUGUGUACUGUCUAAUGCUAUUUUAUUCAUGUGGCAUGUACUCUAUAGACCAAAGGUAUGGAAGCAAGCAAGUGCUUUCUGAAGCUUCAUGUGUGUUUUUGCUAUUAGUUAACAACUAGUAUAACCAAAGAUUUUUCCAAAUAAUCCCAACUCUCAACAAUUCCAAAUGAUUUAAAAACGUAAUAUGAUUUAAGUCAUAUUUAGUCGUACAUGACUUCUAUAGACAUUCAGUCAAAUCCUGCUUUUUAAAAAUGUUAGUGUUGCUUCCAAACAUUUGGCCUAUAGUGUCCAUGAAGCAUACUAUAUACAUGUGGCAUAUAGAGUGUAAUAGAUACAGAUGGGUGACAAUAUAUAAAGCAUUUUAAUAAGAUGGUGGCUCACCCCGAGGAGCGUGAAUGUGCCUGGCAUAGAUGCUGCUGUUAGUGUAUUCGAAGGAUGAACACUAUGGAAUAUUAUUACCUCAGCCAGUGUUUUGAUCGUAGUGAUGAAGAACACAGUCUAACACAUCAGUCUCUGAAGGCCAUAGAAUAUCAUUUACACAAUUGUUAUACUCAUCAAGCCAUUCAGUGAGCCCUCAUACUCUGCAUAUACAGUAUACAUAAUAGAAACAAAGUUCCUUAGUUUCUUUUGUUCUUUAUUUUUAGCUGUUCAGCAUGUCAAAGUAAUAAACAGCUGUCAUGCCUUACAAAGGUUUACAGUGAGCCACAAUUCCACAGGAAUAUAAUAAAUACACAUUGCCACUGUUA